AUGGGUAUCUCUGGAGAAGAUAAUAAGCUGUCUGAGAUGGUCAGAGAUUUCUUGGAGUCAGAUUCAUCUUUCAUUUCUGCUUAUAAUUAUAACAAAAACUCCUCUGAUCAACCACGCCCACUUGAAAUCAUUCAUCAUCACCAUCUCUCUCUCCAGGAGAUUCUUGAGAAUGUUACAGAAGCUGAGACUGAGAUUCUUGGAAAGAUCAUGUCUUACUGGAGAGAGGAAGCUGCAGGGAUGAAAAUGGAGCCCAAGGAGCUGAGGAAAUGGAUGGUUUCAAGAUUGAGAAUGGACGGUUAUGAUGCUUCACUUUGUAAGACUUCUUCUGCUCACUCAUCAUCAGAUAAAUAUAAAUUUAGAGGCGAUUAUGAGUACAUUGAUGUGAUGAUGAAGAGCAGUGAGAGUGAGAGGGAGCAGUUAAGGGUAAUUGUGGACACAGAUUUGAGGUCACAGUUUGAAGUGGCGAGGCCUACAGAAGCCUACAAGGAGCUUUCAAGCUUUCUCCCUUGUAUUUUUGUAGGAACUGAGCAUAGACUCCACACCAUAAUCUCUCUCCUCUGUGAAGCUGCCAAACAAUCCCUAAAAGAGAGUGGGCUUCAUGUUCCUCCCUGGAGGAAAGCUACCUACAUGCAAUCCAAAUGGCUCUCUCAAAAUUGCAACAAAAUAAUCCCUUUCUCUCCACUCUGA